AUGGCUUCAAAAAAGGAAAUGUCAAUCAAGCAGGAUCACCUCCCUAGUGCUGAUGCCCAAACUUUACAUUUACCUAUUAGUGAAUCCAUAAAUGUGAUGUUCCAAGGCUCCCAUGAACCCACUCAGCCAAGACAAGUUUACGACAACUCGGGUGCCGCAUUUAAUCCACUUUCUGCUCGCCGCACCGUCAACUUGGCUUAUGGAGAUGUAGUUCAGCCGUAUUAUGAAACCUACGCUCAACUACCAAAUGACAACUACCACUCUGAUUACCACCAUGAGCUAGCGCCAGAUGGGCACUCGCGGUUUACACCAAAGGGAGAGUUGGUACAACAGCGCCAUGAUGGGAACUUUUUGCAGCAGGCUGCUACCCAUCACAGUACAAUUCUUCCAUCCAACAGACGAACUGUGUCGACAGAGACACUGCUUCUGUCUCCACAACCACAAUCAGCUUCUAGUAUUGGUAAUGUUCCACUACCAUCUGAACGAAUUGGCCAUGAGUUCCCGGAACCAAAUCACCAGUCGAAAUACCCAAUUCCAGUAAAACCGAGAAUAGCUACCACAUACUGGAAUGACGAAAAGACGUUAUGUUAUCAAAUGGAGGCUCGAGGGGUGCUUGUGUCGAGAAGAGAGGACACAAACUAUAUUAAUGGUACCAAAUUACUAAACGUUGCUGGGAUGUCUCGUGGAAAGAGAGAUGGAAUAUUGAAGACAGAAAAAGAUCGAUACGUUGUGAGAGCAGGCGCCAUGAGCUUGAAAGGAGUUUGGAUACCUUAUGAGAGAGCCAAGGAAAUUGCUCGCAAUGAGGGGGUGGACAAUUUUUUGUUUCCUCUUUUUGUUGAAGAUAUAAAAGAGUUCUAUCUGACCAAAGGCUCACAAUUGAAGAGCGAUUGUGCACCAACGGAUUCUUACGACUCUUUUAUAAACCAAAGGUUUUUAGGCCCUUAA